AUGAAGUUUGAAGAAUUUCCUCGAGCCCUUCAGAUUGCAAUAUUCCUUGACAACAUGCAGUAUGUAAAGCAGGUUUUUACAUCUUGUAAUGAUCUGCUGCGAAAGAAGCAAUUUUGUUACAUCCUUGCUCGACAUGGCAUUACUUUUGAGCUUGAUGAUGAAAUGGUUGCAGAUGAUGAGGAAAGGGAGACAUUGCAAGAAAUUGUCAACAACACUAAACUAAGUGAAGGCUUUCUUACCCUUGCUCGUGAUAUCGAGGUCAUGGAGCCCAAAUCUCCUGAGGAUAUAUAUAAGGCACAUUUGCUUGACGGUCGGGCUAGUGCGGGAGCAAGUGUUGAUUCAGCCCGACAGAAUCUAGCAGCAACGUUUGUCAAUGCUUUUGUCAAUGCUGGCUUUGGACAGGAUAAGUUAAUGACGGUCCCAUCCGAGGCUUCAAGUGGUGGUUCUUCUGGAAACUGGCUUUAUAAGAAUAAAGAACAUGGGAAGACCAGUGCUGCAGCUAGUCUGGGUAUGAUUCUGCUUUGGGACGUUGACUCUGGACUUGCCCAAAUUGAUAAAUAUUUCCACAGCAAUGACAACCCUGUCAUUGCGGGUGCUUUAUUAGGCGUGGGGAUUGUGAAUUGUGGUAUCAAGAAUGAUUGUGAUCCUGCAUUGGCACUCCUUGCUGAUUAUAUUGAUAAAGAAGAUUCUUCUGUCCGAAUUGGUGCAAUAAUGGGCCUGGGUCUUGCAUAUGCAGGUGCUCAGAAUGAGCAGAUCCGUGGUAAACUGACUCCUAUCCUUGGAGAUACAAAGGCCUCCCUUGACGUGAUAGCGUUUGCUGCAAUCUCACUGGGAUUAGUGUAUGUGGGUUCCUGUAAUGAAGAGGUCGCCCAGGCAAUUAUAUUUGCAUUGAUGGACAGAAGUGAGUCAGAAUUGGGGGAUCCCCUCAGUCGACUUUUGCCGCUUGGCCUCGGUCUUCUUUACCUUGGGAAGCAGGAAAGUGUGGAGGCCACAGCUGAAGUUUCGAAGACAUUCAAUGAAAAAAUUAGAAAAUAUUGUGAUAUGACCCUGCUUUCUUGUGCCUAUGCUGGAACUGGGAACGUACUCAAGGUCCAACACUUUCUAGGUCAGUGUGCACAACAUCUGGAGAAAGGUGAAACCUACCAGGGACCUGCUGUACUUGGAAUUGCAAUGGUAGCAAUGGCUGAAGAACUGGGCCUUGAAAUGGCGAUUCGUUCGUUAGAGCAUCUUUUGCAGUAUGGGGAGCAGAAUAUCCGAAGGGCAGUUCCUUUGGCUCUUGGUCUCAUCUGCAUAUCAAACCCUAAGGUCAAUGUUAUGGACACAUUGAGCAGACUUAGUCAUGAUACAGAUACAGAAGUAGCAAUGGCUGCUGUCAUCUCCUUAGGUUUGAUCGGUGCAGGAACCAACAAUGCUAGGAUAGCUGGCAUGCUUCGCAAUCUUUCAAGUUAUUACUACAAAGAAGCCAGCCUUCUCUUCUGUGUUCGAAUUGCUCAAGGUCUUGUACAUUUGGGGAAGGGUUUGUUGACUCUUUCUCCAUAUCAUUCGGAACGGUUUUUGCUAUCCCCGUAA